GUAUAAGUUGUGUCAAUAAAUGUCAAUUGUCAACAAGAAAUUUGUAAUGAGGCGGCUUUUUUUCUUUGUAUGUAAUUAAAAUUUGGCUAAUAUGUGGCUAAAAAGUAAAUAAAGCCGAAACAGCUUCUUGUAAAAAAUACAAUCAUUGAUUUUCAUUUCAAUAAGUCGAGUCACAGAAAAAGAAGUCAAAAGGCAGUUUCGUUUCUUUUUGUUUAGUACUGAAACUGUAAUAAAAACAUUUUUUAAAAUGGAUAAUGAGUUUUAUGAUAGAUCAACAAGUUUACGCCUCCAAUUAGGUUAUGGAAUUGGUCAUGUUUUAAAUGAUGUAUGUGCCAGUUUAUGGUUCACAUAUUUUUUGGUAUUUUUCCAUUUGGUUCUUGAAUUUACGUCAACUCAAGCAGGAAAUUUAAUGCUCAUUGGACAAGUAGUUGACGCGUUAGCUACACCCUUCGUUGGCUAUCAUUCAGACCACACUGACAAUUAUUUAAGUGCAAAAUAUGGCAAAAGAAAGUUGUGGCAUUUGUUUGGUACUGUUUGUGUCCUGUCAUCAUUUCCAUUCAUUUUCAUGGACUGCAUUGGAUGUUCAAUGGCUCAUAAAUGGGCUCAGAUGUAUUACUUUGCAUCAUUCAUUUUAAUUUUUCAAAUUGGAUGGGCGGCAGUACAGAUUUCACAUUUAAGUUUGAUACCUGAGCUUGCAGAAGACCCUCAUGUUAGAACACAUCUUACGGCUAUUAGAUUUGGGUUUACUGUAUUUUCAAAUUUAUUUGUCUACAUUAUUACAUGGAUUGUUUUACAUAUGACUGGUGAAUGUGAUAAGGAGCAAGUUGGACCAAGAGAUGCAUGGAAGUUCAGACAUAUUGUUUACAUAGUACUUGGUGUGGGAACAGUAGCAUCUGUUCUAUUCCAUACAUUUGUCUCAGAAGGUAGAGGGUUAAGACAACAACAACCUUUAAUUGAUUACAAUGAUAAUAACAGAGUCCAUUUCAGUAUAUUUCGCAAGGGUAUAUUGUACCAGGUAGCAGGUAUAUACAUGAGUACAAGACUCGUAGUCAACAUAUCUCAAGUAUUUAUACCAUUGUACUUACACAAGACAUUGGGUUUAGCAGCUAGAUCAUUAGCAGUGAUCCCUCUUGCCAUGUACUUAGGUAGUCUACUAGCCGCUGGAGCGCAGAGAUUGGCUCCCAGAUCAUUUACCCGCAAAUUGAAUUAUUUCCUUGGAUCUGUAUGUUCUCUAGCUGCGUUCAUUUGGAUUUAUCUGGAUACAGAUUAUGAAUACAAAGUUUAUUAUAUUUAUGUUGUCGCUGUGCUUAUAGGUUUUGGUGGAUCUCAAAUGCUUGUAACAAGUCUGUCAUUGACAGCUGAUCUGGUGGGCGAUAGGACGGAGGCAUCUGCCUUUGUAUACGGUCUCAUGAGUUUUACGGACAAACUGUCAUGUGGAGCGGUCAUUGCUAUAAUACAAUUGUAUGCCGAUGGUGCGAGUUCUGAUUACUACCGCAGUGUGCUCUCCUUAGUAUGCGGGGGCGCCACUGUGCUAGGUCUUAUUUGUACGCUAACGACGCCUAAGUUAACACCCGAUCCUGAAGUAAAUAAUGAUAAUAAUCCAUCUAUCAACACAAUUGAAGAAACUGGUCCACCAACGGAUUUACUAUAAGCUAUUUGAAUUAUAUACAUAUGUGCAAUAAAAGCCAUUUCCACUAAGAUGCUAGUCUAGUGACUGCACAGUACGGCAAUUGUGACUAUGCCAGUGGAAAUAGGUACUAGCAAUGUUAUAGUAAAUUUCUAUACUUGAUGUACUUACCACAUAUCAUGUAGGAUAAAAUAAGGAAUUGUAAUAUGGAAUUUGUAAGGUAAAGUUAUAUAAUUUUGUUUCGGUGGUUCUUGUGAUAUUAUACAUUUAAAUGGCUUCAAAGAUAUUAUUAAAUUAAAUUUGAUUAUAACCUAACUUAUUCUACUAGUUAAGUAGCAUAAUAAUUAAUUGGAAAUAUAUUUAUACAAGUUAUCAUAUUAAAACUGAAUCAUUCCAUUAAUUUUAAUUUUCUAGCACAAAUGUUAAAAAUACUGUUACUUGCCAGUUACGAACAAAACUAUGAAGGUUUCUCAAGUAUUGGUUUCACUAUUUUUUUUAAUAUAUGUUUUAAUUAAGACAACUAGAUAUAUCUUACAAAUAUGUCAUGAUCUCCAAGAAUAUAAAUAUUGUCUGCGCUAAAAAGACAUUAUCAUUUUUGCAUAUCAUGUGAAGACAUAAUUAUGUAUAAUGUAACUCGUAAACAUAUAUUUGUGCAAAGAUAAAAUUCAUAAUAUUUCUAGAAUAAGCUUAGUAUAAUAGUAAAUAUCUCAAUAUUGGUAUUCCUUGACUAUUAGGUUUAUUAUGAUGGUAUUGUAAUUAUGAAAUAAUACGUAAAAUUAAGUCAUUAAAUAUUCAAUAUCUGCAUUUGUUAAAGAAAUUAUUCUAUGCAAUUCAUAUUUAGGCAAAAACAUCAUUAAUAUUUGUAUUGAAAAAACCUGGUUUGUAGGUAAAAUUUUUAAUUUUAAACUAUUUUGACCGCGCACAUUAUUAUGCUAACUUUUUUAACU